AUGAUUUCGUUAUUGAAAGCGAUCAUUUUUUGUUGGUUAUUAAGUCUAUUAUCUUACCACAUUCAAGCAGAUACAUGCAAUACUUACAAUCAUCCACAAUAUGGUAUUGGUCAAUGUAUUAAUCAAAGUGAAUGUCCCAAUGCAUUAUAUCUAUCUGGUUUAUGUGAAUCGAAACCAUCGAAUAUUCAAUGUUGUUUUUCAGUUGAACCAAUGAAAGAAGAAUUUCGAGCUAUAUGGAUUGCUACCGUCACUAACAUUGACUGGCCAUCAUCUGGAACAGCUUCACCUGCUCAACAGCAAUCUGAAUUACUUGAUAUUCUAAAUAAAGUUCAAGAACUAAAUAUGAAUGCUGUAGUUUUUCAAGUUCGUCCUGCUAGUGAUGCAUUGUAUUUCUCAGCGUUAGAACCGUGGAGUUAUUAUUUAACAGGCAAACAUGGUGUUGCACCGUCUCCAUUUUGGGAUCCGUUAGCAUUCAUCGUCAACGAAGCACAUAAACGAAACAUUGAAGUACACGCAUGGCUCAAUCCAUAUCGUGCUCGUACAGCAGGUGCAACCUAUGCAUUAGCAUCAACAAAUAUGGCUAAAAGAUUUCCUCAAUAUGCUUAUACAUAUGGACAAUACAUCUGGAUGGAUCCUGGUGCAACUGAAGUUCAACAAUUUACAGUUAACGUUACGGAAGAUAUUGUUACUCGAUAUGCUGUUGAUGGAAUUCAUAUCGAUGAUUAUUUCUAUCCAUAUAGUGACGGAACUGAAUUUCCUGAUGCUGCUACCUACGCUGCCUAUCAGGCACAAGGCGGUCAUUUAAAUAAAAGUGACUGGCGUCGUUCUAAUGUCAAUACUCUCAUUCAAUCAAUGUAUACACGAAUACAUGCUGUUCGACCGAAAGUUAAAUUUGGUAUUUCACCAUUUGGAAUAUGGAAAAGUGGUAUACCAGCUGGCAUAUCUGGUCUAUCAUCCUAUGAUGAGUUAUAUUGUGAUAGUCGAAUGUGGUUAGAAGAGGGUUUACUUGACUAUAUGACCCCACAACUUUAUUGGGCUAUCGAUCCACCAGCGCAAUCCUAUCCUGUUUUACUCAACUGGUGGUUACAGCAAUCAGCAAAAGGUCGUCAUGUUUAUGCUGGUAAUGCUGCAUAUAAAAUGACUCAAGGUACUGUACAAUGGGAUGCACAUGAAAUAGUUCGUCAAAUAAAUAUAACUCGAUCAAUGCAAGAUCGUCUAGCACUUGGCAAUGUAUUUUUUUCCACUAAAGAAAUUAUGAGAAAUGCAAAAGGUAUUCAAUCUGAACUCGCCAUACUCUACAAGAAAAAGGCCAUCAUUCCUAAAAUGAAAUGGCUUUAA